AUGAUCAGCGCCAAGAGGCUCCUCCGGUUGGCGAGGAGAUGGCAGAAGAUCUCAGUCGGGGGGAGUCGAAGAAUCACCUGGCUGAAACCGAGGAAAGGUGAGCAAGCGGAGUCUUGUAUCAGCUCCUCCUCUGCGCCGAGUAAGGGAAGCUUCGUCGUCUACUCUCGAGAUAGGGAACGCUUUGUGGUUCCCUUGGCGUACCUCAACACCUUCAUCUUCCGGGAGCUCCUCCAGAUGUCGGAGGAGGAGUUCGGAUUACCCAGCGACGGCCCCAUCGUGAUGCCGUGCGAUGCGGCUCUCAUGGCGCAGGUCAUCUCGGUGCUCCGCAGACGGACGCCUCGAGAGGCGGAGAAGGCGAUAAUCGGCGCCAUCGCCGGCUCCCGGUGCUGUUCCUCUGCCGCGCCCCCGCUAGGAAUUGACCCUCGGCCAUCACUGAUCCCUGGAUUUUGA